GGGCUCCCCGCUCCGGCUGGGACUGCAGCCGGGAUGCGCUGCUGAGUGGCAGCCCUGCGAGGGCAGCGCCUGCCCGCUCCCCCUCGGAACGGCAGCGGCAGCCGGUUGAGGAUGGAACUGACAUCUUUGCCUAAACUCCUCUGGACGAGUGACAACAAGCUCUUGCAUCAUCAUUUCCCAGAUGUGUUUGCAACUGUCCAUACCACUCAAGACAUCCCAGAGGAAGCCAGUUUUGGACCAUGUAUGCUGCAGAACACCUUGUUGGACACUGUUGCUUUUAUUGCCCUGAAAUGCUCCGAGAGAAGAAAUAUCCAUUAUGUAUUUAAGGUAGAUGUCACCUCGGUGCACAGCCCCUCUGGACUGCCCUGGAUGAGGCUCGUUCAAGCAGCUGCCAAUAGCAAGGAACAGAACUUGGAAGCCUAUUUAAAAAACAGCCAGUUGUACUAUCGAUCUACUAGGAAAAUAGGCAAAAACGAGGAGCUCCUUGUGUGGUACGAUGAGGAGCUUUCCAGCCUCCUGGGUUUCAGCGCGAUCAAAGCCAGGACUCUCCAAACCGAGCUCAGGUGCCCGGAAUGUGAGCAGGGCUUUAAAGGCGGGCACUCCUAUCUGGCCCACGUCCGCUUCCUCUGCGUCCCGGAGAAGAACGCCCCGCCGUGGAGAAAUCUCCAGGAGCAGAAGGCUGGGAAGGGCCAUUUGCCUGACCAGGCCACAAACUUCCACAGCCUGGCAAGGGAUCUGGAGGUCAAAAUAGCCACGUGGAGAGACGACCCCCGUGGGCUGUCAGGGGAGAAGAGAACAAAGUCGGAAGAGGUGGAGAGCAACAGGAGCAGGAAAACGGUGUUGUUGGAGAAGACAAAUAACCUAGGGGAAGCUAACAGCUAUGGGGGCAAGGAGGAGGCGGUGGGGGAACACGCCUUCGCUGGCUCCGUCUGGAAGCUCAGCUCAGGGAAGCUGUCGGCGAAGAAGGAUGCCUUGGAGCAGAAACAGAGCGCUUUCACCGAGGUCAGGAGGAUGAAGGACCGGCUGAGGAAUGAGAGAGCGAAGGAGGUGGAGCAAGGGGGUGGCCUGGGCCAGUUUGGCAAAGAGCAGAUGCCCAAGGACGUGGUGCUGAGCUCCUCAGGUAGCGCGUUCUCUUUCGUAUGGCCCACCCGAGCCCGGGGGGAGCAGAAAAGUGCUUUUAGUAAGCCAACCAAGUGUCUGGUGGACAGGGCUGCUGGGUAUUCCUCCCAUCCCAUGACCGAGCUACCGAAGAGCCUGGGGGAGCUGUCUGGCUUCAUCACCACAGCGGACAUCAUGUGCUACAGCAACCUUUUGAAUUCCAAGUUCUUUGUCAGUGACUUGUGUAAUUCUCAGGCGCUGCAGACGAGCAACAGCCGGAGCAACGCUUUCCCACAUACCUCAGAACCGUGGCCAAAACAAACUGGGGGGCAGCUGCAAACCGCCACCACCACCUCCUCCUCUUCCUCCUUGACUCUGCUGCCGCCCACCUUCACAUCCUUCGGGGUGGCCGCCCAGAACUGGUGCGCAAAAUGCAACCUCUCCUUCCGCAUGACGUCCGACUUAGUCUUCCACAUGCGGUCCCAUCACAAAAAGGACUACUCCUCGGCCGACUCUCAGUGCAAGAGGAGACGGGAGGAGAAGCUAACGUGUCCAAUCUGCCACGAAUACUUUCGGGAACGGCACCAUUUAUCCCGACACAUGACCUCUCAUAAUUAGAGCUGGGUAGACUGAGCCGACCACAGGACUGGGUUGGGGGAAGGGGGAUGGGGAGGGAAAACAUUAGUUUGUAUCAUUAUUAUUUUUUUCAGUGUUUAAAUUAAUUUCUUAUAGGAAACAGCUGCUUACAAUAAUUUAUAAUUGAUGCUUCACAAAAAAUAUAUGUUUACAUGAGACCGAGUGGUCGUUGGUUUUGAAAAUGCA